AAAUCAUAAAGUUAAUACAGGCUUGACAGAAAGGUAUUUGAUAUAGGAUAUUGGUGACCAUUCCACGAGAAACGUUACAAGAGACAUACAGCAAAAACUUUGAGGUGAAAAUUUUUGUUUAUGACAAGAAAUGAAGCUGAUUGAAAUGUACAAUUGCAUUAUUCAGAUCAUAUGGGUGGAAAUUAAUGACCUUGAAAUUCGAGAAAUUUCAAAAGGAUCACAUUUUACUGCGCACCAAACUAGGAUUACUUUUAAGUUAUGACUGAAAUUCCUUAUAGUAAACAAAUGCGUCCACCUGAUUUCGGGGAAUGAAUAUUGGAAUUUUCGCCAUAUUCGCAAUUGUUUCCUUCACAAGUCUAAAGAGAAUGAACGGUCUUUGGCAUGACAGUGACUUGAGUCCCGUCUCAGACGCAUGGUGGCAUUACAAAGAAGGUGUCAUAGGAGGUCCAAGUCACUGGGGGCAAACUGCGUUUAUGGCUAUUGCUAAUGAUGUCUGGCCAGCCUGCUAUCAGGGUAAAAUGCAAUCCCCAGUCAGUAUCUCCACAGACCAAAUUCUAUUUGAUCCAAAUUUAACACCGUUGAAAAUACUGGGGGUGGAUAUACAGAUUGACGUGGAGGUAGUGAACACAGGCCAAGAUUUACAAGUGAAAGUCAUUGAUCCUACAACAUCAGUUAUAUUCAGUGGGGGACCGCUGGUAUAUGAUUAUAAAUUCUUCGGGGCCCUGAUUAAAUUUGGUUCAAUGUCAAAUCGUGGUUCAGAUCAUCAGAUUGAUGGCAUUGCUUUCCCAGCUGAGUUGCAGUUGUAUGCAUUCAACUUUGACUUAUAUCCAAAUUAUUCCAGUGCUCUUUCUAAACCAAAUGGAUUGGCUGCAGUCUCUAUAUUUUGUAAGAUCGGUGAUCGGUCAACAGCUGGUAUGGCAGCUUUAUUAUCCACAAUAGAACAUGUUCAGCUUAAAGGUCAGUUCAAAAGACUGCAUGGUUUGCUGCUGAACUCAAUCCUACCAUCAGCUUUUCAGUAUAUAACUUAUCAAGGUUCUUUACCUUUUCCUGCAUGUCAUGAAACCGUUACAUGGAUUUUAUUAAAUCAUCCUAUUUUAAUCACAGAAGAACAACUAAAAUCUUUACGGAAAUUGAGAAUUGGACCAUUUCGAGAAUCAGGCAGCAUGGCUGAUAAUUAUCGAACUAUUCAGAGUCUAAACAGCCGUUCCCUACGAACAAACAUUCAAUUUAUAGAUAUGCAACCCUACUGUUCUUUGCAAACUCGAAUUUCCUACAGGACAGCGGAAUCCCCACCAUAAGGUUUUCACAUAAUUCAAGUGCAACUGCCAGUGGAUAGUUACCAUUUCACUGUAUAAUGCAGUAUUAUACUUUCACAUUCCGAAGAUGUUUCUACAUUCUUCACUUUCAUGUGUGUAUCAACACGAUGGCAUGAAAUUUCAUUAAUCACCUUUAACAUAUAUAACUGCUUUUGGACAAAGCUUUGUUAAAAUUAAAUCCAAUGCUGUAAAAAGAAAACAAACUAUUUCAUUUCGUUAGUAACUGAAAGUACUAGAAUGCAUAAUUUUUUUGUCUACCUCAAUUUGGAAGACUGCAAUUUAAUUUUACCACUACAGCGAAUGAAAUAUUUGCGUAAACAUGACUUUGAUUUACCUAAACGUACGUGUUCCACUGUAUCUGUUUCAAUUUUUUUUAAUUAUUUAUUUUAAUUAUGCUUAAACAGCUUUGUACAUAAUUUUGAAUUUUUAAAAUAUAAAAUGAUUAAA